AUGUCGAGCAACCUUGCACCUAUCAAGUUUGUCCCUCGAAGGAGCGGUGAGCGUGGUCACGCAGAUCACGGAUGGCUGAAGACCUUCCACACAUUUUCAUUUGCCAUGUACCAGAGCAACGAACACAGCCAGUUCGGCUCACUCCGUGUCAUCAACGAAGAUCGCGUUGCUCCAGGAACAGGCUUCGGGACACACAGUCAUAGAGAAUUCGAAAUCUUUUCCUACAUUGUUGCAGGCGAACUAGAGCACAAAGAUUCGAUGGGAAACACCGAGAUCCUUAAGCGGGGCGAUAUCCAGCUCACGUCCGCUGGCAAAGGCAUCUCCCACAGCGAAAAGGCACAUGGGCCCAAAGAGGUCCAUUUCCUGCAAAUAUGGAGCCUCCCUAGCAUCAGGGGUCUUACGCCCAAGUACUUCACUCGGCACUUCUCUGACGAGGAAAAGAAAGAUGCGUUCGUGCGUGUAGUUGCACCAGUUGAUGCAGAAGGGGUAAUCGCAUCGCGCGAGGGCGCGGGUCCCGCACCUGUCCAAUCUCCUCUCACACUCUUCGCCACGCUGCUCUCGCCCUCCAAAUCUGUCACCCAUACCUUCGAGCGCCGUAAAAGCUACAUCCACGUCGUUCAGACGUCGGGAUACCAGCCACCUCACACUAACACCGGCGGAGCAGUUAAGAUCUUAGAGGGAGGGACUAAAGGCGGAGAAGAGGUUGUUCUGAGGGAAGGUGACGGGGCGUACAUGCUGGGCGAGAGCGGGAAGGAAUUGGUCAUCGAGAACCUUGGCGACAAGGUCGCUGAGAUAUUGUUAUUCGACUUGGAGUGA